GUGAGAUCUGAAGCGGACCGCACGAGACGCUGGUGUGUCUGGCGCUCUCACUCACCGACAUGUCUUACAAAGUGAGUAGAAGGAAUCGCUCAGUGACGUCCGCCUGCACGCAGCUGCACGCCAAGGAAAUGUGAUGGCCAUGCGACACUUGCUCGAUUCGGGAAAAGUUCACAUCGACUCGCACGACAAGGAAGGAACAACUCCUUUAAUGAUGGCUGCUGCCGCCGGUCACGUCGAGUGCUGUCGAGAGCUCAUUAGUCAGGGUGCUGACCCCACUUUGCGCCGAAAGACGUCAGGAGCCAGUCCCUUAUUUUUGGCCGCCCAGGGAGGUUUCAACGAUAUCGUCAGUCUACUCCUCCGGGCUGGGGCCCCAGUGGAUGCUCAAUGCAAGGACGGCGGAACAGCUCUAAUGGUCGCUUCACAACAAGGCUACGCCGAUGUUUGCCUCGAGCUGAUAAGCACCGGUGCCGACGUCCACCUACAAAUGAAGGAUGGAGCUACUUCGCUGUUUCUGGCGGCCCAGAACGGACACGCCAAAAUCGUAGCUCUGCUCUUAUCCUCUGCUGCAGAUAAAGACAGCUCCGCAUUAUUGGUCGAGGAGAUGAUCAAUAGACGACGGUUGGACGGAGCCACGGCGUUAUGGAUGGCCGCACAAAUGGGCUUCGAUUAUGUUGUUCGGCUCUUGCUGAGAGCCGGAGCAAAUCCUAACAUCAUUAGAAACGAUGGAGUAUCGCCGCUUUUGAAAGCUAGCCAAAAGGGUCAUGUCGAUGCUGUUAGAGAGUUAUUGCAAUCUAAUCCGUCUUUGGGAUUGAGCCAGAAUGGAGACAGUCCACUUUACGCCGCUGUAUUGAGGAGAGACGUGCCAAUCGUUCGAAUUCUUUUAAGGGCCGGUGCCGAUGCACACUUACCGACCACUACUCGAUCGUUACUCAGUCCGAAAGCGCUGGCCGAGAAACUUCGUUUCUGGGAAAUAACACAAUUGUUUGACACAACGGAAUCGGGUGAAGAUUCCAGUUCUUCAUCGCCGACAAUGUAAAAAUCUAAUCUUGCUGUCUAUAAAUAAAACAUUUCCGAAAUUUUGAAUUUCUUUAUUGUGGUUAGUAUAUAAUAACAUAUAGCGCCCAACGUGUACACUUUAUGGCAAACGAGAAAAGAAGGAAAUGUUUUUGAGACCAGAACCAGCGAAUGUAGACAAAAUAUUUGUUUGAAACACUCAAUUAAAACAAACGAAAAUUGGAAACGAAAAGAAGGGAGAACCAAGUCAAAUUCGAGGGAGGAUCACGAUACCGUAUUAUAUGUAUAGCAGAAGUAAGUUGAAUGAUUGAUUCAUUGAAUAAUCGUCGUUUCGGCGUGCACCUUCGUUGGGCAACAACAAAUGACUUGAUCUAAGGUUGGCCGAUAGAAACCGAUUCAGCAUUUUACAGGUCCGGAACAGAAUGAUCCAU